AGAACACUAGCUUAUAUACGACCCUCAACCAUUUCCAUUUCUCUCUCCUCCUGCAGGCUGCAACAUAUAACCUUUUCUUUCUUCCCGGGCUUUCCCACUUUCCUCAGAUUCUCUCUCUCUCUCUUUCUGUUCAUCCCAUCUUCACAAAUUAAACUCCACAAUAAAUAACUUUUGUCCUCUUCUAGAAAAUCCCACAACCUCACCUUCCUCAUUAACACACUCUCAACUACCUCACUUUCUCUCUCCUCACUCACUCACUCACUCACUUACUUACACUCUUCCCCAUGCGGCGGCGGCGCCAUUAAAUGGGUUGCGUAAUCAGCCGGCGAGCUGCCGGAACUCCACCACCGGCGCCGGAAAACAACCACACACACCGGCGACGCGCAUCUUCUCUUUCCUUGAGAAGAGAAUCACUCUCCCCCAAUAAUAAGCUUCCACGUAACUCCUCUAAUUUCUCCACCACUGAGCUCCGUCAACGCCACGUCAUCGUCGACCCUUAUGGUGCUGGCCCCACCACACACCAUGGCUGGCCUACGUGGCUUGCUGACGUUGUCGGUGAUGUCAUCAAUCGUUUCUCCCCUCGCCGUGCUAGCACCUUCCAGAAGCUUGAUAAGAUUGGGCAAGGAACAUAUAGUAAUGUAUAUAAAGCAAGAGAUUUGGUAACAGGGAAAAUUGUAGCAUUGAAGAAGGUUAGAUUUGAUAAUUUAGAGCCAGAAAGUGUAAAAUUUAUGGCAAGAGAAAUUAUAGUUUUGAGCAAACUUGAUCAUCCAAAUGUUAUUAAACUUCAAGGUUUAGUAACUUCAAGAAUGUCAUCAAGUUUAUAUUUGGUAUUUGAUUACAUGGAGCAUGAUCUUUCUGGACUUUCUGCUUCACUUGGUGCUGGUAAUAAGUUCACUGAGCCUCAGGUAAAGUGUUUCAUGAAGCAGCUAUUCUCUGGGCUUGAGCAUUGCCACAAUAAUGGUGUUCUGCACCGUGACAUUAAAGGUUCCAAUCUCUUAAUCGACAACGAAGGGGUUCUGAAAAUAGCUGAUUUUGGAUUAGCUACAUUUUACACUGCCAAUCAAAAACAACCUAUGACUAGUCGAGUUGUCACGCUUUGGUAUCGUCCUCCAGAACUGCUUCUUGGAGCCACAUCUUAUGGUGUUAGUGUUGACAUCUGGAGUGCAGGCUGCAUCCUGGCAGAGUUACUAGCUGGGAAGCCAAUUAUGCCCGGACGGACUGAGGUAGAGCAGCUUCACAAGAUAUUCAAGUUGUGUGGCUCUCCAUCUGAAGAGUACUGGAAAAAAUAUAAGUUGCCAAAUGCAACACUUUUUAAGCCACAGCAGCCAUACAAGCGUUGUGUAUCAGAGACCUUUAAAGAGUUCCCAUCUUCUUCCCUCUCACUUGUUGAUGCACUUCUUUCAAUUGACCCUGAAGGACGAGGCACUGCUACUGACGCCUUAAGUGGCGAAUUCUUCUCCUCUGAACCUUUUGCUUGUGAGCCAUCUACUUUGCCAAAGUAUCCCCCCAGCAAAGAAAUGGAUGUAAAAAUACGGGAUGAAGCAGCGAGAAGGCAAAAAGGUUUAAGUGGAAAAACUAGUGUUGCUGAUGGUGUCAGGAGGGCUAAGAUGCGUGACCGGGCUGGCCGUGCAAUUCCCGCUCCAGAGGCCAAUGCAGAGCUACAAACAAAUUUAGAUAGGAUGAGAUUUGUGACACAAGCAAAUGCAAAGAGCAAAAGCGAAAAAUUCCCGCCACCCCAUCAAGAUGGAGCUGUUGGAGUCCCUGGGGAUACAUCAAAUGAUGGUCCUCUAUCAUUUGGCGCAGCAGACCGUUCCUUCGAUACAUCAAAUUUCAAGCCCACAUUGUCAAAAUCCAGAACUGUAACACCUUCCGAGGGGCCUUCAAGGAAGAAGAGAACCAAUAAAGAACCAGAAUUGGCUUCGGCGUGGAAAUUCUUCCAUGCAUGGAAACCAUCAACCAUUGGGGUGUCUAUGGAUCUCAUGUUCAAGGGUAAAGGGUCAAUGACACGGGUUUCUAGCAGCAGAAAGUAAGAUGAAGAAUUGGUUCCGAGUUUUUGUUUUCUCAAAUGGUGAUUCAGAAAAUUUCUUCAAUCAUAAAUUCAACUCUUAUUACAAGUUUUGGAGGCACAAGUUUUUUUGUAUACAAAUACACUGAAGUAGAUGUACAGUUGGUCAAUAGCUAGUCAGUGUUACCCUAUUAUUUUGAUGUUCAAGAUGAUGUCAAUAUGCUGUUCGUUCUCUCGAUAUUUUAGAGUAACUUAAAUCUUGUCACA